AUGUCGAACUUCCAGGGACACUGCCACUGCGGCAACACUCAGUGGACUGCCAAUCUUGAGAAGGACCAGCAGGCGCACAUUCUCUGCCACUGCAAUACCUGCAAGCAGCUCUCCGGCGCCACAUACACCCUGAACCAGAUCAUUCCCAUCAAGAACCUGAACAUAACAAAGGGCGGCGACAGCCUCGGAAAGUACACAUACAAGGGCGACUCUGGCAAGAGCGUCCACUGCUACUACUGCAAGAACUGCACGACGCACGUGUACCACGCACAGGAGGCGCUGGGCCCGGACAACAUCGUCCUCCGCACAGGAUUGUUGGACCAGGGGAUCAAGGAGUUCAAGCCGGCGGCGGAGAUCUUCUGCAAGGAUAGGCUGCCAUGGGAGAAGGAGGUUGCGAGCUCUUUUGACGUUAUGCCUCCUUCGUAG